GAGAGGCAUACAGAGAGAGGGGAAGAGGGAGGGAAGGGGGGAAAGAGGGAGAGGGAGAGAGAGACUGAGUGUGAGAUCAAGUGAUCUGUGGAGCGGCCACCAUGUCUCUGGACGACCCUUUCUUUGUAGUGAAGGGGGAGGUGCAGAAGGCGGUGAACUCUGCGCGGGGGCUGUACCAGCGAUGGUGUGAGCUGCUGCAGGACACGCACAGUGUGGGCAAGGAGGAGUAUGACUGGACCACCAAUGAGCUUCGCAACAGCCUGCGCAGCAUCGAGUGGGAUCUGGAGGACCUGGACGAGACCAUCGGCAUUGUGGAAUCGAACCCUCGCAAGUUCAAGAUUGAGCCGGGGGAGCUGUUUGAAAGGAAGGCGUUUGUUGUGCAGACCAGGCAGACGGUGAAGGAAAUGAAAGACCACGUUUCCAGUCCUUCUGGUGUGACGUUUGCUGAGAGGAAUGAAGGAGAGAACCUGUUUGUAGGGAUGGACCCCCUGCGGAAGCCCACGGAUCAAUAUAUACGCCUGGACCAGGAGGUGGAGACGGCUAACAGCCCAUACAUAGAGGACCAGCGGGCACAGCAGAGGCUAAUAUCAGAUCAACAAGACCAACAGCUGGAACUGGUGUCUGGAGGCAUUGGAGUCCUCAAGAACAUGUCGGGCCGGAUAGGCGAUGUGCUGGAUGAACAGGCAGUGAUGCUGGAUGAAUUUUCCCAUGAGAUGGACAACACACACUCCCAUAUGGACAGCACAAUGAAGAAAUUAGCCAAAGUUUCUCACAUAACCAAUGCUCGCCGGCAGUGGUGUGUGAUCAUCUCACUCCUUGUCAUCCUUGUUGUGGUCCUGGUCCUGAUAUUCACCCUGUGACCGGCGGGUUGCAGCUUUGACUUUGGUAUUAAACGGGAUGGAUUGGGGGUGGGGGGGGGGGUGGGGGUUUGUUGGCUGCGUGAGAACGGUGGGCAGCUGGAAGACAUCUGUGCCGGCAGAUUGGGAGCGACGUGCGCGGAGUCCAGUCCAGUCGGUGGCAGGACAACGGCCCAUUUGUCUACAACAACGCAGUCUGAAAAUACAUUGCCAAACCUGACCAAAAUACAUGACCAAACUUGCUGUGCUAUGGCAGAAGAGCAAGGUAUGUAAAGAAUCGACUU